UUGGCUCCACGCGAGCAUCACCACCUCAGCCAGGCACAAUCGAGACGACGAAUAUUUUCAUACAUACAAAUUAAAAUAAUCCGCGCGGCGGUUGUAAAAAAACACGCGUCGAUUUAUACGCUAGCUCCGGAUUGCCACGGAGCGAGGAUACGCGCGUUAAAUCGUUCCAUAAUAAUACAUUCGUAUCGGUCGGGUGGAAUCGAUCGCGAGGAUAAUAUCGAGAGCUGUGCGAAGCGAGUUUGUAUAUAUACCAGCGGCCAAGUGCUCGACGACAACUCGAGGCAGCUGCAGCUGCUGCUUUUCAGAGCGAGACAACACGUACGGGUGUGUCUCUCUCGGCAGCGGAUUUCGCGACUCGUGUAUAGUAACGCCGAGGCACAGUAGUAUCUCUGCUGCUCCGUACCGUACACCGUAUAUACAUAAUAAAAAAUACACUCGACGCUCGCUAUAACAUUAACAUAUAUCUAUAUCGGAGAAAGUGAGAGUGUUUGUCGUGCGCCUAUAUAUAUAUAUACGCACAUUACGUACACACAUCUGCAGGCCACCAUCGCCGCCGCCGCCGCCGCCGCCAGUUCCACUGCAGAGUCUACGGCAUAAUAUAUACACAGAGAGAAAUUUAUAGAAUUCAGAAGUUGGCCUGCUGCUGCUGGCUACUCUGUGCUUUGUGCGUGUGAGUGUGUAUAGUCGCUUCGCAUUGUAUAUAUAUAUGAAAUAUAUAUGAAAGUGCGCGAGUGCUCGAGAUACGGCCAACUAUACUGCGACUUCUUCUCAUAUAAUACAUAACAGUUUGUGCAUGGAUUCUACUACGGCAGAUUUAUAAAAUCCGUGGCCACGGAUCGUCGUCGUCGUCGUCGUCGUCGAAAAUCACAAGUCGAGGUAGGAGUGACCAAAACAAUCGAGACGCAUCGCUGCCGUGAUGUAUUUGAGAUACGCCGGUACAAUCAUCCUUUCUGUUGCACCUUUGGACGUACCUGCCACUACUCAAGAAUCACUGUGACUGUGUAGUCGCUGUCAUCGACGCUGUUUCAUGUAACCCUAUUUUUACUACCAAAAAAAAACAGUUUUUGGUACACUUUUUGACAAAGCGACCGCGAAUAGACAAUUACCCAAGCCUGUGAGUAGGCUGCAAUUUUCUCACACGACGGGCUAUCUAAUCCAUGAACAAACGGAAGAUGAUGCCCAAACGACCACGUAUGGAAAGCAUUAGGGGGGGUCCAAUCAAUAAUGGACCCAUUCAAUCGAGACCUUUGGUGGCUUUACUCGAUGGAAGAGACUGCUCCAUCGAAAUGCCCAUCUUAAAAGAUGUUGCAACUGUGGCUUUCUGUGACGCACAAUCAACUUCUGAAAUACAUGAAAAAGUACUGAAUGAAGCUGUGGGUGCACUUAUGUGGCAUACGAUUAUUUUGACUAAAGAAGACCUUGAAAAAUUCAAAGCUCUGAAAAUCAUUGUAAGAAUUGGUUCCGGAGUUGACAACAUAGAUGUCAAAGCAGCUGGUGAUCUCGGUAUUGCAGUAUGUAAUGUCCCUGGAUAUGGUGUAGAAGAAGUUGCAGAUACUACUCUUUGCCUCAUCUUAAAUUUGUACAGACGUACAUAUUGGUUAGCCAAUAUGGUAAGAGAGGGCAAAAAGUUCACAGGUCCAGAGCAGGUGAGAGAAGCAGCUCAAGGUUGUGCAAGGAUAAGAGGUGAUACACUAGGAAUUGUUGGGCUAGGUCGAAUUGGUUCUGCCGUAGCUCUCCGUGCAAAAGCAUUUGGAUUCAAUGUCAUAUUUUAUGAUCCAUAUCUUCCUGAUGGAAUUGAGAAAUCACUUGGUUUAACAAGAGUAUAUACUUUGCAGGACUUGUUAUUUCAAUCAGAUUGUGUUUCUCUACAUUGUACUCUGAAUGAGCACAAUCAUCAUUUGAUAAAUGAAUUCACUAUUAAACAAAUGAGACCAGGUGCUUUCCUCGUCAAUACUGCACGAGGAGGUUUAGUGGAUGAUGAUGCAUUAUCAUCAGCAUUAAAACAAGGAAGAAUUAGAGCUGCUGCUCUUGACGUCCACGAAAAUGAACCAUACAAUGCUUUCCAAGGCGCGUCGGGUAACUGUCCAUUAAAAGACGCACCAAACUUAUUAUGCACACCUCAUGCUGCAUUCUACAGUGACGCCAGCUGCACAGAACUAAGAGAAAUGGCAGCUAGCGAAAUAAGACGUGCAAUUGUUGGGCGCGUACCAGAAUGUUUGAGGAACUGCGUUAAUAAGGAAUACUUCAACCAUAGUGCUACUUCCGGCUAUCCUGAUGGAGUCAACGGCGGCUACUAUCCACCGUCCGCGCUGCAGCAGGCUCAUUCGACGACACCGCAUGAGGCUCCUCUCUCAUCAGGCCAUCCUACCGCUGGUGGGCCUGGUAACCUCGGAGUAGGACCAGGCUCAGGUGGUCCUAAUUCGUCAAGUGCUCCUCUGCCAGGACAGAUGGGGGUACCAUCUGCCGGUCCACUAAGUGGUCUACCACACAACAUCUGCAACGAUCCAGAUCCUCGGCCCAGUCCUCCAGCUCCAAGCCCUCGUUGACCCUGAAUGACCUUGUCCUCCAGUCAUUAUCAUCAAACACCAUCAUCGCUUCUCCCCCCUACUUUAAUUAGACCACCGACACCAUAGAAUCUUCAUCAAAAAAAUCAUCGACAAGCAAAAGUGAACGUUGUUGCGACUUUUUCGCCAUCAAGAGAAUGGAAUGUGCAACUGGUCGGAUUAAAAAAACUCGAAUACAAACUCAAGUAUUUUAAACGGAAACCAGCUACGCCAUUGCAGACACUUACCAUCUUAUUAAAUGCUGUGAAACAAGAGUGACCAGAAAAAAUACUGCUUGUGAUAAGCUUCAUCGAAUAAUUGCUACCACAUAACUGCAGCUACAACUACACAUGUCAUAAUACAUUUUUACAAAAAAAAAAAAAAAAUUAAAAUUAACUAAACAAAUAAAAUCAUCAUCAAUGAUAAAGAGAUAAAAGCAAACAAGAACGUUCUUACGAUCCUACGACUGGAGAAUUCUUAAUGUAACUUUUUUGUGAGAUGUGAACAAACGAUAGAAUGAGAGAACGCGCGAAAAAAAGAGAGAGUGUUUCGUUUCACCGAGACUACGUGUGCUCCGUGCCGACGACCUCUUUUUCAUUUAAUUUUGAAGUGGAAUAUAAGUAACAACUACGUAUUGAUGCUGCACGUGUACACAUGUUCUUUAUACGUGAUACAUAAAUUAAAUUUAUAAAAUUUAUGGAUAGAAAUAUAUUCGUAAUCACACGUACGCGCUUCUUUAUACAGUACGCAAAUGUGUAUUUAUCUCAUUAUUAAAAUCUGUAAUAUUUAUGUACAUUAUAAUACUUUCAUGAAAUUAUU